AUGAGUGAUAAAAGUGUCACUAAUGUCACUGGAACCACUGGUGAAGUGCAGCGCAAGAAUUGGAUUGAGUUGAAGCGAGCCAUCGAUAAGAUCAUUGAUAACUUAACCGCCUCCAACAUACAAACAUCCGUCGUUCAACUAUUCACCCUCAACAUCAAACGAGGCCGAGGUAUCCUAGUUCGCUCAAUCAUGCAACACCAACUACACAACCCUCAUAAAUCACCAUUGUAUGCUUCAUUAACUGAUGUGCUUAAUUCUAAAAUUCGUUCAAUUGGCAAACUCAUUUCAGGUCGAGUUAUAUUACAAUUCAAAUUGGCAUACACUAGCAACGAUUUUCAACUAUGUAAAUCUUCGUUACAAUUUUUGAGUUAUUUGACGAUACAUCAAGUUGUCAAUGAAGUUACACUACUUCAAAUUAUACAGCUAUUAUUGGAAACACCAGUGACUAACGGUGAUGUCGAAAUGUGUACCGAGAUCUUCAAAGUUGUCGGCCGAUUCUUGAUUUUGAAAUCACGAGUUCCCACAACGUUAAUUUUAAAUAGAAUCAAGGAUUUGUUACAAGACAAUGAUCAAGAGAAGUUGAGUCUGAGAUCGCAAAAUUCCAUCAAGUUUGUAUUGAGACUUGGUCAGCUGCAAUUCAAAUCUAUUCCCAUGAUUGACAAACAAUUGGAUCUAGUUGAUGAUGACGAUAAACAGACACACGUGGUCGAUUUGCAUGAGGAAUUGUCUGCUAGAGAUUAUCUAAAUAUCUAUCGUCAUGAUAAGGAGUUUGAGAAACACGAGACAGAAUAUGAUGCACUACGACAAGAGAUUCUUCAUGCCGAUGAUAAUGAUGAUGAUGAUGGAGAUGAUGGAGAUGGCCAAGUAAAAGAGGAGCCAGAUGCAAAGGAAGCUACCGCUGCUGUUGCUACCGCCGUGGCAAAACCAGAAGUGGUGUCCGAUAUGACACAAUCGGACCUCCUUCAAUAUCAAAAACAAGUUUACUUGACAGUUAUGUCCUCAAUGUCAUCAGAGGAAGCAGUUCACAAGCUUCUCAAAUUGAGCCAUCAACGUUCUCAAUUGCAACAUCAAGAUUCGAAAACGCUAUGCGACAUGAUUAUCAAGUGUUGUUCGCAGGAGAAAACAUACUCGAAAUAUUUUGGCGUCAUUGGUGAGAUCCUCUGCGCUAAGAAUCAUCAUUGGCAAAAUAACUUCAUUUCUUUGUUCAAGCAUUAUUAUUCUAUAAUCGACAACUUUGAAGCCAAUGCGUUGAGAAACAUUGGUAAAUUUUUCGGCCACUUGUUUGCAUCAGAUGUUGUUGCAUUAGACACUGCCUGGAAUGAAGUGCGCAUCACUCAAGAAGACACCAACCCUGCAAAAAGAAUCUUACUUAAAUUUAUUUUCCAAGAAAUGGUGGAGGAGAUAGGUGUGAAUGAGAUCAAGGCCAGAUUGAUUGACGACUCAUUUGUAAAGCGCGGGUUGAAUGGCGUAUUUCCCGUGGUUGAUGUUGAUGAAGAUGAUGCGGACCAUUUACGAUUUUCAAUAAACUUUUUCACUGCUAUUGGCUUGGGUGUUUUAACGGAUGAGAUGCGCAAGGUGUUGAAUAAUUUGCCACCACUGACGUCAACGAGAGGUAGAGGUAGGAGAAGAAGUGGCAGUUUGAGUCGGGGAUCAAGUUCAGGUCUGAGUUAUUCACGCAGCUACUCGCGCAGUUACUCACGUAGUGGGAGCAGUUCACGUAGUUAUUCGCGCAGCCGCAGUCGCAGCUAUUCCAGAAGUCCAAGUCGCACGCCCAGUCGAGAUUCAUUUAACCGUUCACCAAGCAAUGAAGACACAAUUGCAAAGGGCAAUGGAAAGUAUGCUGAACAAGAUGAGAAGAAUAAUGAUGGUGAUGGUGAUGGUGAUGGUGGCGGUGGUGGUUUCAAUUUAAGACUGACAAAGCGGAGACGCUCGGUAUCUGACUCAGAAGAUGAUGAUGAAGAUAAGCCCAAAUUGAGUGAUAUAUUUAACCAAAUGAACUAA